UUGUCUCCCCGAGAAGCGGGGGGAAGACGGAAGCAAAACCACGAGGAAGACGACGCCACCGCCGGGCAGAUAGCAGCAAUUAUGGAGCAUCUGUAGUCCACUAUAUACUCCCAGCCUUCCUGCUUCCCAUUUUUUCUCCCCUCCGUUGCUUUGUCUCUGGAGGUACGCUGUUGCCCGAGGAGUAUCUCAGAUCGCAACAUUCACCGCGGGUUGGUGUCUAGCAGCAGUUAUGGAGCAUCCUUAGUGUCCUACUCUAUGCCAAGCGAUUUCAAUUCAGGUCGACCACCGAGCUUGUCCGAGUUCCGUCACGGUUGUGGUUGUACGCUGUUGAUGGGUCUCCGCGUUGGGUUUGGUGCCUCGGCUAUCGCCUGGUGAGCUUGCUGCCGAGUGGUGCAGUCCUGUCUCCGCGUAGGAGGCUUUGUUGGACUACCGAAAGUUGUUGCACUCGAGUCUCCGGUACGAAACCGCGUUUUUGCUGUGCAUAGUUCUGCACAGUGUCACUGUGCUGAGGUGUCUUUAUGUAGGUGAUGCAUCUUCGAGAACUUCCGUUGUCCGUAUCCCGCCAAUAUUGACUACUGAAUCUACUCUCGAGUCCUGAAAUAGCCAUAUGAUAAGGUUCAUUCAAUUUUCCACUGUAGGACUUCUUGAUAUUGAAGAAAAGUUUGAAGCCUUACUACCACACUUCACCAUGUUGUGUCUUACUCUUGAAGGCACCGCUAUCUCCUGAAGAUUUUGAAGCAACCCUGGCCUUCGAAGAGACAUCAAGCAUUUGCGUGCCCGGCUUGCGUUCCAGUAAUCUGGGGCUGUUUUCAUCACCACCUUGCAGACCUAAGAGGUCGUGGUAUGGCACAUCUCCAUACACGCAACGCUCGUGGAAGUUCAUACGCAUAGCCGACUCCUGGCACAUAUCGGAUCUCAUACCGCACUGAGUUUUGUUACAGAAGACCAUUCUCUCUCUCAACCCACCAGUCUCCUGUUUCGUACGAGUGGUAGGCUUGCACUGCUGUUUUGCCUAUUUUAUGAUGAACCACGCCUCAACACAGUGCAAGUGCGAAUGGAGCUUUCUAUCACAAAGCUCGGAUCUGAACAGACUGAGGAGUCCCCUGAAAAGGAUGAAGAGGGUAGUGAAUCCACGAUGGAUCCUGCUAUCUGGGGACGAUUACAUGGAGAGCUAGUAGACAGGAUCCUACUUUGUCUGCCAAUUGUCAACUUGUACCCUCUUCGGUGCGUGUCCAAGUCAUGGGAUACCACUAUCAAGUCUACGAGCUUCAACAGGAUGUACCUAGAAAUGGAAUCUCGGGGUCCUCCGUGGUUCUUCAUGUGUUCCUCAUUCAAUUGCCGGGACAACACAAGCGCCUAUGACCCAGUGCAAAAUCGUUGGCACAACUUCCCCCUCACCUUUCUACCUGCCCACAUGAGGUUUCCUCUGACAGCAGUUAAAGGCUUGCUGCUUGUGAGAGGGGGUAUAACAAACGCGGGAAUGUUGGCAAUAUGUAACCCAAUCACCAGGGCUUGGCGGGAACUCCCACCUAUGAUCCACAAGAGAUUGAAUUCUCUUGUAGGUGUUUAUGAAGAUAAGCGCACCGAUAGCUACAAGAUUGUUGUUGCUGGUGGAACUUGUCAAGGUGGUGAAUACGAGUGCACCACCGAGGUUUACGAUUCCUUGACUAAUUCUUGGCAGGUCACAGGCAACGUGUGCAAGGAGUUUACAGUGCGUAUUACUUGGUGGACGUCGAAGACAGUCUUCUCUGACGGGGCUCUGUACUGCCUUACAUCUGGGCGACCAUACAGUAUCAUUGCGUAUGACUUGAAGACGGCGACGUGGAAUGAGGUUGCAGUACCCCCACCUGAGUUCCUCUCCUGUUCGUUCCUCAUACAGCGCCGGAAUCGGCUGUUUCUGGUGGGCGGGAUUGGUCCAGAACGGACUUGUGAACACAUUUACUUCUGGGAGUUGAAGCAGGUUAAGGGCGAGAAAAAGCAGUGGGUGGAGGUGGAGAAAAUGCCCCACGAAUAUUUUCAGGUCUUCUUCAAAGACAAGGCUUCCUCAGAUCUCAAGUGCGCUGGACAUGGCGACCUGGUUUACUUCUACAAGGAUUCUCACACUCAGGUGCUGUUGUGUGAUUUCUCAAAGACACGGACUGAAUGGAGGUGGCUUCCCAAGUGCCCUCUCAGUAUGAGCUUUCUGAAGUUCUCCACUCGGGGCUUGUUCCUGGAUCCCACGCUGGACGUUUCCUCCUAGUUCUUCAAACACGCAGCAUGUACGAAAUUUUUGAGAAGUUAGCUCCUUAAUCAGUUCAAACAAAGUGAGUUUUGUCCUGUGAGGAAAAGACAAGCUUCUCAUAAUUGUGGUGAUAUUAUUCAACUUACGUCUUGUUUUAGGCUCUCCGUAUCCCUGCCGGAGAAGCUGUGCUGGGUGUUUCAGUAAUAAUCUCUUGGCGAAAGUUUUAGAAUGUUGGCGCGGCCGUAUAUUCUACAUGGGAAGGGGUCAUAACCAUAGAUUGCUAGCUGAACAUCUGGGAUGGUUUACAAUCUACAGUUACUUAUCUCUUAAUAGCACAAUUGAUGCUUAGCGAUGCAGCAAGUAAUGCUUAGUUUUGUGAGUUCCUUCAUAAUUUUAACCUGCUCUCUUCGAGGCACUAUGUGUGCUUUCUGGGUUAACUCCAAUUAACAUGCAUCUUUUUUUUCUUCUCCACUUAACAUCCAUCAACAUGUUAAGUGAUUCUAGAAAACACUGAUAUAAUUUAAUUGACGUGAUUAUGCUUUUACAGUCUUUGAUAUCAA